GUUCUAUAACGUCAACCGUGAUUGGCGUGGUGCGGAGGAGCAGGAAGCCAGCAGUGACAUCACUUUCUAGAAGUCCCCUUAAGGUUUCUGCGACGGGAAGACCGAAGCUCCAGAGGCAGAAAAUAACGGACUGUCCACCUUUUUCUGAACUUUCAGACAAAUUUACAUUUACAGCAUGUCUCUGUAUCCAUCCCUCGAGGACCUCAAGGUCGACAAGGUCAUCAAGGCUCAGGUCCAGUUCGCUCAGACUGCCGCCCCCAUGCCUGCCAUCUCCGAGGGAAGCUCCCAGCCCGAGCUGGCUGCCGUUGCCAUGCCAGCAUCCAGUUUGUACCCUAAUCUGGGGGAGCUGGGAGACUACAUGGGACUGGCCCUCAACAGCGAUGAAGUGCAGAAGAAUUUGGCUCUGGUGCCCGUCGGUGACAAUCAAGUGGCGAUUCCCGCCAGCUCAGGUGUCGGGGGCAUGUUGCGGCCCGUGACCGGGUCAGACAUCGGCAUCCUGCGGGCUGAGAUCCGCCCGGGGAUCCGAGAGGUGAUCCUCUGUAAGGACCAGGACGGGAAGGUGGGGCUGCGGCUCAGGUCCAUCGACAACGGGGUGUUUAUCCAGCUGGUGCAGGCCAACUCCCCCGCCGCUCUGGCCGGGCUGCGCUUCGGCGACCAGGUCCUGCAGAUCAACGGGCAGAACUGCGCUGGCUGGAGCGUGGACAAAGCCCACAAGGCUCUGAAGGCCGCCGCCGAGACCCGCAUCGAGAUGGUGGUCAGGGACAGGCCAUUCCAGCGCACUGUCACCAUGCACAAGGACAGCUCCGGACAUGUGGGCUUCAUCUACAAGUCUGGAAAGAUCACCUCGCUGGUCAAAGACGGUUCUGCUGCCCGGAACGGCCUGCUGACCGAGCAUUACAUCUGUGAAAUCAACGGACAGAACAUCAUCGGCCUCAAGGAUUCUCAGAUCAAAGACAUCCUGAACUCCUCCCCCACCACCAUGACCAUCACCAUUAUGCCCAAGUUCAUCUAUGAACACAUGAUUAAGAGGAUGUCGUCCGGUCUCCUGCGCUCAGCCAUGGAUCACUCCAUCCCAGAGGUGUGAAGAUCCCAAACUCUCCACAUGAGGAAAAAACCUCUGGCUUUUCCUUCCUCAUUUCUUUGUGUUUAUACCAAAACUCGUCCGAUCUCAUAUCAUCAUCAUCAUCCGCACCUUUUCUUAUGUCUAACAUAAUCUUUACGAUUUUUUUUUUUGUUCCUCUCGUAUUCUCCACCUCUUUUCUAUGUGGUCUUUUGGCAUUAGUGCUUUUUAUACGUUUACUCUGUAGCGUGACAUGUAGUCAGUUUUUUAUUCAAGAUCAAGGACUUUUAUCUUUAAACGUGUUCAACUCAUGAGUCCAGAGCUUCCUCGUGAGUGAGAGCGAGACCGUUCAUCAUUCAGCUGGGAUUUUCCACCCCGCCCCCGAUCAGGGUCCGGGUGGGGCCGUUUCCUUUACCUGCCAGUAUGAUCCAGUCAGCGCUUUGAUUUCCUAUCAGUUCGCACCAUAAAUCGUGCAAACUGCUGUUCUGCUCUGGCAUUUCCACGACGAACAUUACUUGUCCUUUGAUGUUCUUCAGUCCCGAGGAUCGCUUUGUGUACAUUCCAGGGAAAAGUGUUGGGAAGGGGACACAGCUGGAACUAAAGGGAGGGAGGGGCAGCGUUGGCGAGUGAGCACGCCAUUUUUUGUGUUGUUUGGUCUCUAGUUUCAAACGCUCGAGGAAAUCAGUCGUGAAGGGUCUGUGCUGACCCGCUAAGUGCACUUUCCAUUAACUUCUGAGAGGUUUGAGUACCCAUUUCAACAACCAUGUGAUCUGUUUAUUUGUGGUGUUUGUGGUGCCUCAUGUUGGUUGAAAAAA